AUGCAACCUUACAAAGGAUCCGAUCUCCUGGAAGCCGGGACCGCGACUUUUGAACCUCAUGUCUCCCCCUCCGUACACCCUUCACCUGCUUUUAUCUCUUCCUCCGCUGCUUCGGAAAUUAUCGACUCCGACCAAGAAUUUAAUGCCGCCGAUUUUGCCCCCGAGGACGACGAAACUGGCUCCGGCGCCGCGGCGCUGGUUACACCGGCCGCCCUUUCACUCCUGAACGGCUUCCUCGACAAUCUGCUCUUCAAUGUUCUGGCCGCUUCCAAAUCUACCCAGCUCUCAUGUAUCCGCCCAGCCGUCUCCGACGUUCUGAAGCCUCGUCUCGCCUCCGAGGUUGUCGACACCGCCGAUGAGGAAUUGAGCGAAUAUAUGGGGGGCGCCGACGACGAGAAGACGGAAUUUCGUGGUGGUCAGGAGCCCGGCGGUGAUUUCGAUCUUGUGCGCUCAUGGAAAUUGACCCGCCUUCGAUGCAUGGUAUACACUCGUUUGGGUGACAUGGAAGAGGAGGAUGAGGAUGAAUAUAUUGCGCAAGAUGGUCUCGGGGAGUGCGACGGUGCGCCCCGUCGAUUCUCCAGUCACGUCGACAACAUCACCCCCGCCGCCGCCAUUUUUCUGACUUCCAUCAUUGAGCACAUUGGCGAGCGCGCCUUGGUGAUUGCUGGUGAGACAGCGCGCUCUCGGCUGUCGGCGAAGCUGAAUGACGGCGCCAAUGAAUCGAUUGACCUGGACGAAGAACGUAAGCGAAUUGAUCGGUUAGUGGUGGAGGAUCUCGACAUGGAAAAAUUGGCGUUGAACGCGACUCUGGGGCGGCUGUGGCGGACUUGGCGAAAGCGCAGACGCAACACCACCCUUUCGCGAACUCUCUCUCGCGAGUCCUUCCGCCGUCGAGGUUAUUCGACUCUGGCAGGAAGCCGCAAGAGCAGUAUUGCGACCAUUGAGGAACCUGUCACUCCCAAGGAGCCGCUUCCCGAGGCUCAACCCGCGCCCGUCGAACCAGCCGAACCAGCCGACAUCCCCUUGCCCCUCGGCGAUCACGAUGUCAAGGAGAUCGAGGUUCCCGGUUUCUCUCAUGAGUUGGAAGAUGAGGUGCAGACGAUGCAGGCCGUUGUCGCGCACAAGGUGCGACCACGCAGCUUGAUGGUUUUCACAUCGCCAUCGCUCGCGCCAAGGUCGCCUGGUGCGAGGGAUUCUCCCUUGAGUGCGUCUGCGAUUGACGACCCGCAGGUGGUUCGUCAUGCCCGCUCAAGGUCAUUGCCGAAUGCGGCGGCCAGCCCACCACGCGAAGCCAAGUCUGAACCAACAAAUGAAAAUGCGCCAUCCCCAAGUGCCUCGGAAAAGAGCAAGCAGCUCGAAACCAUGUACGAGGAUGACGAAUCCGCCGAGUUUGUCGAUGCUGCAGAGUCCGCCCCUGGCAUUGCAAUCACCACACCUAUCGACGAGCCUACAGAAGCGGAUGGUUUAGAAGAUGCGAGAAUGCCCAUUGUGCGGGAAGAAGAUGAAGAACAAGCCGAACGGGGUCCGCCCGUGAAUGAAACCAUUGCUUCCUUGCGCUCUAGCGCCAACGACGAGACCGAUCAGUCAAAUAGUGCCCGAGUUUCCAUCUCAUCCCUUGAUGAGGAACCAACCAUAAAUCCGGAGAUUAUCGAAGGACGGGGCAUGUGCGAGAAGCCUAAGCCAACUGCGACGAUCCAGCGCCCAAGGAGGAAAACUAGCAGGGAUGUCACUGCUCAGAUCAACGCAAAGGCGAUCACUGCAGAAACUAGCGGGUCAGAUGUUGAUUCUAUCGCGGAGAAAAAGCCCGCUACGCAAGGGGCAGAAGCCACAUCCGCCGCCACGAUCGAGGCUGUCAACACUCCCGAUGACGAAAACCCCGUCGAGCACGAUCACGAUAAAUCGGCCAUGGCAUCCCCAUCGCCGAGUGAUCCUGUGAAUGAAGACAAUACCGUUUCCGAAAAGCCUCUACAAAGUGUCGCCGCCCUAGAACCCGAUAGUUCUCGUCCUGCCUCCUCUUCGGGCGACAGCCAAUACUCCCAGAAAUCCCGUACACGCCAUAGACCUAGCCCGCUCGUGGUUACGGCUAGCAACCGCAACUCUCCCAGUGGCACGGAGCGAGCAGCCGUGCAACGCAUGCCUCCACGACCUUCCAAUUCUAUUGCUUCGACCGUCCAGCCAGCCAAGUCCCGCCGCUCAGAAAGCUUCAGCAGUUCGCGCGAGAAACGUCCAGUUACGGCGGGCUCUACCACAUCCCAGAAAUCAGGAAAGAUCACUCGACUCAUGACUCGUCCGGGCGAGUCUCCUUCGCUCCGCCUUCGCAGCUCAUCUGACACGAGCCGGGCAUCUGGUAGCGCGGACUCUGACGGUAACGAUACCACAGACCUGGACAAGUUGAUCAAUAGCGAUGAAACUAUCCACUUCACGCUAACACCGAAGAGCGUGAGGGAGAUGACCUUCCCCGAGCCGCCUCGACCAAUCCCUAGGUCGGACACGUCCGAUACCCAUGAUCUGGCUAAUUUCUUGAAGAGCACGGCUCCUCCAGGAGAAGACCCACGACCACCGACUUCUCUCUCCACCCGCACAAACGGGGAAUUGACUUCUCUCGGACGCACCAAGUCCGCCGACUCCCCCAAGUUUAUUCCCAUUUCCUCUCGUAUGCCAGCUCCACCAAAGUCCCCCGUGUCGUCAGGCAAUGCUAGGGAUGCUCGUCCUGUUCAAGAUUCCACUCGUGAAAUUGCCGAGUUCAUCAAAGCAACUGGACCUGCCACUCCUACUUCUUCGCAUCCAGGCAGCCCGACCCCUACUAAUGGGACGAGGUCUUCUCGACGCCAGUCCACUAUCUCCGCCAGUACAAACAAUACCCAUAGCACCCACAAUACCGUCAAGUCCAACAAUUCUCGUCAAUCAAUUCGCAAUGCCCGCCUCCAAGCACGCGCACCCGCUGAGACUAAGCGUUCUCAAACAUCAGAACUGAUUGAUUUCAUUCGCGAGGGUCCCCCGCAACCUGGUGCACACCGCAUUCCCCGAACAGUUGCGCCGUUCAGGAACACGAUUGACUCCGAGGACCUCCCUUACGAGCCCGUUCAAAGUGAGAAGGACACGGCUACUCACAGCUCGGUGACCAGCUCUACGCCUAAUAAGUCAAUGACUUCUUUGGGCUCGCGGACAGGUCUGUUGGAAUCCGCCAAUCGUGGCAAUGCCCAAAUCAAGGCGGCACCGCCUGCCAAACCCAUGGGAUUCGAUGAUGAGCCAAUGCCAGUUCGGAAGCAGCGUCGUGUUCCAGACCCCUAUGCAAUUGACGACGACGACGAUGAUGAUCUUAAUGGACUUCCUCCGCAACGCGCCACCUCCCCACCAACAGAAGAGGCGCGCCAGCCCUUCCAUUUAAGCGGGCCCCCGCCGUCGUCAAACUCCAAUGGCUCCGCAGGCUUGAAAUCUCGUUUCCUGCGUGGCGCCAACACCGACAAGGGGCCCUCCAACAAAAAGUCUAUGAGUUCUAUGCGUUCGCAGAGCACUCUUGGCAGCACUCAGGCCAACUACACCCAAAAGGUUGGUUUGGAGCGCAACCCCGGUACGAUGCCAUCCACCUCGCACAAGCAAAGUGAGACCAGUGCUCUGGCGGACUUCCUCCGCAACACAGGACCACCUGAACCACCAGCUCGACCUAAGAAGGACACUUCCUUCUCGCGCUUCUUUGUGCGCCGCAAGAAGGUCGAGGCAUAG